AUGGUAACCGCUCAACUAUUCAUAACUGUCCUUUCCCUCUUAUCCAUCUCUCAUGCCAUCCUAACACCUGCUCAUGGUAGCUCCAAGUCUCAGUCUAUGAGAAGGUCGGAUAUGCCUUUGGGUGAACAACGCAGAGAUAUAUUACCGCGAUCGCAACCGACCCGUGGAAAAGCUCGAGCUUUGAAAAGAGGUCCAAGUGUCGGUGUAGGAGGCGUAUAUUUGGAUAUUCACGAGAGAAAGUAUACUCGUACGAAGGGUAAUCGAAAAAGAGCCGUGGAGAUCAAUGGGACUGAAGUCAGCCUUGGUACUGCCCAGAAUACAUUCGUAGUGCCCGUCUCAAUAGGCUCGCCACCUUCCGUAUACCCUCUGCAACUUGAUCUAGCUUCAUCGGAUUUACUAGUCGCGUCUACACUGUGCACUUCGACCUCUUGUCCUGUGUCCCUAGGUCCAAAUGUCAACGCGUAUUACGACGUAUCGAAAGGAUCGAGUGGGUUCGAGGAAGUCAAUGGGAAUAGGACGUAUUGGAACUCGACUUAUGCGGAUGGGACGGUUGCUUCGGGUGUGGUGGUCAGAGAGACUGUGACGAUGGGAGAGGUGGUAUUACAAGGUCAGAUCAUGGGCUUUAUCAACUCCACCAACCUUACAUUAUCUCAGCAGAAAAUAUCAGGUAUAUUAGGCUUAGGAUUUCCCAGAUUAUCCGCUCUAUCGCAUAUCCUUCUUGAUGAAGAAUACCAAGAAACUUCUUCGUCUUCCAACGUCUCAUCCUCCACUUCCGCUUCCUCGUCAGUCCCAUCUGCCAGUGUAUCCGCCUCUUCGUCUUCGUCGGCAACCUCGACUUCGUCAUCUUCUUCGCCAACCUACUACCCUCCCCUCCUCGAGAAUCUGGUCAGAACCCCACAUAUACCUUACCCCGUAGUCGCCCUUGCACUGGCUCCUCCUCCUUCAUCUUCCAACUCUACCGCAACGUCCACAUCCACAUCCACCUCAGCGACUUCAACUAGUACGGCCCGAUACCAGAGCUCAAUUGGAUCACUCACUCUGGGAGGGGUAUCCAGCCAUUAUAUCUCCAAUCAAAGUGGGUCGGGAAGGACGAUCACCGAUAUUGAAUGGCACGAGGUCAUGCCAUUUGGUAGAGCCCGUUCAGUCUCGAACGAUACCGCAGAAGCUCUGUCUAGAACUUUGACUGCUUCGUCAUCUCCUACUUCUUCUCCAUCCCCUUCAGGUUCUGCCACUUCAUCGUCCGAUUCCGAAUCUACCAGACGUAGGAAAAGAAGUGAUCAGUCCCAACUCAACGAUCUGCCGUCAAGUUUGGAACAACUAGGUGAAGAGGAAUACUUAUUUUGGGCACUGGAAUUACACAAUUUGUCUUUGAACGGUACGGACAUACCUCUCAAUCCGAGUUACGCAGAUAUCGGAUUACCCUCAAUCGCCCUGCUAGAUGUUGGGUUCAAUGGUAUUUCAGGUCCUCAGCAGGAUGUGGUGGCGCUGUUUAGUAAGAUAAAUGAUGCGAGGCAGGUGGCUGAGGGGAGAUGGGUCGUGCCGUGCGAUACGAGGAUGACUAUUGGGUUUUCAUUUGGUGGUCGAUACAUCCAACUUCAACCUUCCGACUGGAUAUCCACACAAAUCGAUUCAUCCUCUUUCUGCUUGGCUUGGCCAAUCGCCUCUCCAUCGACAGGUGAUGGAAUGGAUUGGCAGCUUGGUACACCUUUCCUUAAGAGGGUAUACAGUAUUUACAGUUACGGUAUAAACGGUGUUCAGGCUCCUCUAGUAGGGUUCUUACCACUUGAAGAUAACCCAUCUACUUCGGAGUCAUCUUCAUCAUCUUCUGGCAGUGCCAUUCCAAGUCAUACAUCGUAUGAUCCUAAUUCACCUACACCCACAACGAUCGAAGAUCUACAUCUAACCACUACGAUCAAGACUGUCUUACCUAAUAAUAUUCUACCUGAUCCGACAUAUACUACACCGACUUAUGUCUACUCCGCCUCUCCAAGCCUCUUACAAGCAGGUAUAACCCAGUUUAUCGGACUAGCGAACAGCUCUGCAUACUCUGUUGAGCAGGUUCCAGUAAUUAGUCUGGAUAGUGCUGCGACGUCAAGGAUUGCUAGUAUGGCUGGAGGUGAGGAUGGGGGGUCGGCUGCUCCUGCGAGUAGUGGGGCGAUGAGGGUGUAUGGGAUUGGUGUGGGUAUGGGUAUGGGUAUGGUGGUGGGUAUGAUCGGUGUGCUCUUUCAUUUGUUAUGA